CGGACUCGGUCAUGUCGUCGAACAGCACGGAGCCACAGACACCCAUCACUGGCCUGGCGGUGCCCAGGGCACCGCAUGCCGCAAUGCUGGCCACAUCGAACCAGUGGAAGCGCGCCGCCUUGAUGGCCAAAUCGGCCUCGGCUUGCCGCGAGACCAUAUCGGAUGACAGCGAAGACGAGGUGGAUACCAAGCGGCAGAUCAAAUACGGCAGCGGCUUUCAGGCAGCCAAGGCAAUCAUCCAUGAGUACUGCGAUUACAGUACGAUUCACGGCAUCCGGUAUCUGGGCGAGAAGAAGCGGCCCUGGCUGGAGCGUCUGUUCUGGGUCAGUGUCUUUCUGCUCUCGAUCUUCACCUGCUUCAAGCUGACCAUGAACAUCUGGGACAAGUGGAACAACAAUCCCGUCAUUGUCAGUUUUGCCGAGAAGUCGACGCCCGUCUGGCAAAUCCCGUUUCCCACCGUCACCGUCUGCCCGGAGACCAAGUCGCGUCAAACCGUAUUCAACUUCACUGACGCCUAUUGGCGAAUCCGCGAUUUCCGCGCUAAUAUCACCGGACUUAAAGACUUCAAUGAGAAUGAACAUUUGUUGUACGACGCUGUGAGUCAGGUGUGCGAUCCACCGUUGCAUGACAUAAGCCUCGGGGUUAAAGAGCGCAAGGGCAUUCAGAUUAUUGAUUCGCUGAGCGAAGUCAAGCCCCUGUUUGAUGAUACAUUUUUGGACUGCAAGUGGCGCAAUUCGCCCACCAAGUGCAAGGAGAUCUUUCACAAGGUCGUCACUGAGGAUGGCGUCUGCUACAGCUUCAAUGCGCUGAGCCCAGCUGAGAUCUAUCGAGCCGAGGGCAUCAUACCCGACAUUAUAUUUCGCGAGGAGAAUCGCUUGACCACCGAGUGGACUGUGGAGGAUGGCUAUAGCCUAAGUGCCAAUGAAUCCACCUACCCACAUCGUGUGCUGGGCCCGGGCGCCAAGGCGGGCUUGUACCUGUUUAUGGGUGGCAUUGAGAAGGACUUUGAUGAUAUGUGCCGCGGCCCCGUGCAGGGUUUCAAGAUACUGCUGCACACGCCUGGCGAGGUGGCGCAGACAUCGCGUCAAUACUUUCGCAUACCCUUCGACCAGGAGGUGCUCAUUUCGAUACGACCCAAGAUUAUCACCACCUCGGACGGCCUGAAGCACUACGAGCCGCAGAGGCGUCAGUGCUACUUCCAGCGAGAGCGUCGCCUGCGCUACUUCAGCACCUACUCGCAGACCAACUGUGAGCUGGAGUGCCUGGCGAAUUUCACGCUCUCGGAGUGCGGCUGUGUCAAGUUCUCUAUGCCCCACAAUGUAAAUGUGCCCGUCUGUGGACUGGAUAAAUUGAUCUGCUACAACGAGGCUGAGGACAAGUUGUUGGUCCAGGAGUUCAACCAGGGCGUGGCCACCAAGGCGGACAAUGUGCGUGGCCAAACGGACUGCAACUGUUUGCCCUCGUGCACCUCAAUUGCGUAUGAGGCGGAAAUAUCACAGGCCGACUUCGACUAUAAAACGGUGGCCAAGAAGGACAAAUCGGAGGAAGACGACGAGACGAAGCGGCAGGGCAUGAAAAUGUCGCGCGUUUCCAUAUUCUUUAAGGAGGCACAGUUUUUGACCUCACGCCGCUCCGAGCUCUACGGCACCACCGACUUUUUGGCCAAUUGCGGCGGUCUGCUGGGCCUCUUCAUGGGCGUCUCGACAUUGAGCAUUGUGGAGCUAGUCUACUUCUGCACGGUGCGUUUGAUAUCCAAUUUGCGUAUGCGCCGCAGGACACGCAAGGAGCUAUCCCAGGCCGCCAACAAGGAGGCCUAAGCACGGACUGCUGCUUAUCAAUAAACCAGUGGCAAUUCAUGAAGGAUGCUCUUCUAACUCCCUCUCUCUCUC